AUGAGCCUCAUCGUCGGUGAUGAUUUCCAACACAUCAUCCGCGUCCUCAACACCAACGUUGACGGUCGUGAGAAGGUGAUGUACUCCCUGACCAAGAUCAAGGGGAUCGGCCGCCGCUUCUCCAACUUGGUGUGCAAAAAGGCUGAGAUCGAUCUCGGGAAGCGCGCCGGGGAGCUCUCCGCCGCGGAGCUGGAAUCUUUGAUGGUGAUCGUGUCCAACCCGCGACAGUUCAGAAUUCCGGAUUGGUUCCUGAACCGCAAGCACGAUUUCAAGGAUGGCAAGUUCUCUCAGGUGGUGUCCAACCAGCUCGACACGAAGUUGCGCGACGACCUCGAGCGUCUGAAGAAGAUUAGAAACCACAGAGGUUUGCGACACUACUGGGGCGUCCGUGUCCGUGGUCAACACACGUGCACCACGGGUAGAGGACGAUGGGCCCGGGGCUCGGGAUAA